AUACAUCUCCCUGAUUGAAUUUUUUGUCUCAAAGCAUAGCAGUGUCUCCGAAUAUCGCCUACUGUAUGGUAUUGGGUCCGUAAAAUUACGUUUCCUGUCAUUUUUUGCUGCGUAGAGUCAAAUUUUUCUCUUCGUCAUCGAUUCGUACCAUAAACACAUCGUUAAUUACCGCUCGCGCUGCUGAUCCACUGCUUGUACUUUCCUUUCCUUCACUAUGGUCUCAGCCCUGUGACUGUACCGGCCCCGGGGAGGGAAUCCCGGAAGGUGAUUGGACAACACUGGUUUUUCCACGUCAUACGGGAUCCUCAGUAUAACUAACAUGCGGGGCGAGUCAUCGCUUCAGAUCUUUUGUGGAAUCAGCACAAGUCGAGGAACUCAGAAUAUAAUAAUAUGUCUCUACAUGAAAACUCAAAGGACAGGCCUGUGGAGAGGCAGGCCGAUGAAACUGUCCCCUCCGAUGGGAAACGGAUCCAAAGACUGUAUCCAUCGUUGCCAAAAGUAGAGAGGUAUGAGGUUUGCUUGCUCGACCGCUCCAUUGAAGAAAAUCUUCAUACAGCUGCAGUUUAUCAUCCUGACACUCUCCUGGGAGACACUCAGUCAGAAGCCUCAGCCAGUAAUGACGUCAGACUGAAAGCUCAGAUACUUAUCUUGGAGGGGCAAAGGCAAGAGCUUCUUUCUAUUAAUGAGAAAUGGGCAAAAGAGUACAGAACCAUGAAACAGUACUACAAAAAGAAGGUCAAAGAUUUAAAAUCAUUACUGCAACAUGAUCACAGUCGCUUUGAAGAGGAGAUGUGUGGAGUAGAAAAGAACAUCACAUUAUACAAGCAAGUCAAAGAUAAAGAGAGCGCAAGGGCCGGAGAUGCGAUUGACCCUGAGUUACUGAAAGCCGAGACGGAAGCCAAGGAGUUGAGAUCGCAAAACAGCACCCUGACCCGAAGAUGGAAGCAUCAACAUGAGGAGAUCAGGCGGCUGAACGAGGCCCUAGAAGAGGCACUUAGGACUACUCCACCCCUUGAUGUGAGAAGUGAAACACUGCAGGAUGUCUGGAAACAUCAGGCAGAAGUCUACAAGGAAGACUUUUUGAAAGAGCGGAAGGACAGGGAGAAGCUUAAGGAGAAGUAUCUGGAACUGGAGGAGAAGUUCAGAAAGGUUCACAGCGAGCUACGUGUCCUCAAACCUCAGGUGACCAGGACUCAGCCACCUCAGCGUGUCUUUGAAUGCACCUGCGCAAAUCAAGCCAAAUGUCCAAGGUGGGAGGUCCGGCAAAUUAACCUGCACCACAUGCAGUCUCAAAGAUGUUCUAAACACUCUUGAUAACAAACUGUGAAAUGCAAUGGUCUUCUCCCUCUUUGCGCGAUAAUGUAUGUUGCACUUUAUGGAAGUCUCAGAUCAGAGUUCAUCAGUAGCAUGAUGAGACUUUGCUAGUUUAUCAGGCAGGACAACAUCCAAGAAGUGAGCUCUGUCCUGCUUCAGUCCUUGGCCAACUGUCUGUCUCAGGUUCAGCUUCAGGUAGUUUUUGUCGUGGUCAUAAAGAGGCCAUUCCACUAGUCCAGGUCCAUUUGGAGACCUGUUUGGAGGAAGCAAACACACGCACACACAAAUCUCCUGUAAAUUAAGAAAAAGAGAGAACAGUAGCACAGAAUGAAAUAAAAUACUCUACCCAUUGCGUGCAAAGUUUGCAGCAUAAGCCAUUGCAAGCUUGCUCAAUUCCUCCUCUUCGUGUGACACGGGUCCUUAGGGAGAUAUCAGUUAUUGCACUGCCCAGACACUAUUAACAUGGGACAAUGUUUGUCAAAGGUACAAAAUAAAUGAGGUUAUCUUCAUGUUUCAAGUACCUGUAACCACAGUGUGCCCAGUACAAAAGUAGGAUCCAAGAAAAAACAAAACAUCAUCAUAGUGGUCUGCCUUGACAAAAGUGGGUCUUGUCCCACUGUGCACCAGAGGUGAAUGCUGAAACUCGUAGACAUAUACAGGCACACCUGCAUCUGUCAGGAAGAAGGAAAAUGCAAGUCAUGUUGUAACUGCAAGGGCUGCAAUUGUUUUUGAUUUAUUGUAUUAUUUAUGUAUUAUGUAAGUGUGUUCACCUCGAUGGUACGUGGCCACUUGAAGUACGGGAAGAACAAUGAUCAUGUCACCAAGUAUCUCUGUGAAAGCAUCCCGUAUGUUCUGUGGAGAGUCGUUCUGUUGCAGGUAUUCAUCCAGCAUCAGUUCAUUUGCACCCGAGGCCUGUCAGUGAGGAGAUAUAAAGGGUUGUGAGAGAGAAAGAAAAAAAAAAGGCAUAUAGAAACUUUUAUUUUUACUGAAUAUUUAUGAAUGUUUAAAGGAAUCUGUUGGCACAGAUUUGUUUCUUACUUUGUCUUUGUUUUUCAUGUAAAUAAAUUGUUGCGUGUG